UGGCGUCCUUGUUGGUUAUAAAGGAGUGGGAGAUUGCCCAAGUCAGAGUUAGUGAUGAAGGGACGGUGGGAGAACACCAGGAUGAGACUUACGCACAUACCAGGGGGGAUGCUGAACACACAGGGCUUACCCUGUGUGCCACGCCCCUACAAGGUGGAGAUGUCACUCCUCGUGCUGCAACUGAUGGGAAUAACCAUGUCUAAUGCAGGAAGAUAUGUCUACCAGACAACGUCCAGUGACAACAUGAACUACUUCCUCAACGAUCUCGGGGUCAAGGUCACCGGAAAUAGCCCUUUGAUCUUUGAGGUGAAGACUUGUCAGGACGCCAUCAUAAGAUUAGCAGAGACUAAAGACCUCGUAGGCAACUAUUACGACGUAGUUCUUGGCGCAGGCUCCAAUACCUGGAGCGGACUCAGAGACCGCUGUUCUGGAUGUGGGGCCAACCCGAUCCAUUUUGAGAGUAUCCUCGACUGUGCCUCGUACAAGGAAUUGUGGGUGGCGUGGAACGGAAAUGGUAAUGUGACAGUGGGUACGGGAAGCGACGUCAGCAAGAACGUCAUACUGACAUUAUCGGAUCCUGUCCCGUUUGAGAUUCACUACAUCACGGUGAGCUCCUACUAUGGUGUGACAGGAGAAUGGAAGAUCGUGGUUGACGAAAGUCCCGUUAUCUCCAACCCAUCACAGGACGGAGUAACCCUGGUGUCUGUAAGUGAGGGGACGCCCCAAGGGGAGGUAAUUCUGAACAUCCAAGUCUCCGACCCUGAGGGCGAUAAAUUGACAUUAACUCUCUUUAAUGAUGAUACUGGACAGUUUGAGAUCGAUCAUACCGAACUGAAAAUUCAUAAAAAGCUGGAUUUCGAAAAAGCUUCAUUUCAUCAUCUGAUACUAAGCGUUAGCGAUGGUCACAAUGAAGUAAACGUAUCUCUGACAGUUGACGUCAUUGACGAGUGUGACGAAGUCCCAAAUAUUCAUCUUAGUGACGUCAUGACUAUACAAGAGGAACUUUUAGAAGGAUCUGUGAUUGGACAGAUGUACACCGUUACCGACAAAGAUAAAAACGACGCGUAUACUUUCAAUCUAACAGGUUCUGACUCCUCGUAUUUCAACAUCAACGCUACUUCCGGUCAGCUGACGUCUCGGGGUCGGGUGGACAGAGACGGGGUGGGUGGACGGCAAUAUUUAGACCAGCUCCUCCUCUGGGUGCAGGACAGCUGUGGACAGUCGGUAGCCGUUAACCUCAACAUCACCGUCCUCGACAUCAACGACAACCCGCCUCACUUCUCCGAGGCAGUUUACUAUGCUAAUAUCACAGAGAAUGGCACGUCAGAAUAUAUAGUGGCGAUAUUGACAGUAACAGACGCUGACAGUGGCAGCAACGGUAACGUCACGCUGACCUUGAUCGAGGGUGAUGACUCGUCUAAUCCAGUGUUCACCUUGGAUGGGGGUGUAUUGAGUGGGCGGAGCCAGAGAGCUGACUAUGAGGCCGGUCCGAGUGGACACCGCUACCUUUUGACCAUACAAGCCACAGACACGCCAGACACAGAUCAGCCACUGAGUUCCACUUGUGUCGUUGUAGUGGAGAUUGUUCCUGACAACGAACACACUCCGUCCUGGGUGUACCCACUCCCCGGGGAGACCGUCGCUACGGUUGAGAUAUCGGAGUCGGUGGGGAUGGGGAUGUCUAUCCUGACCCUGGCGGCGACAGACGAAGAUCUUGGAGCCGACGGGACGCUGACCUUCUCUGUUGUGUCUCUAACAUUAGCAAAUGGGUCGAUCUCACCACCAUUCUUCACGCUAGAUUCAACGUCGGGGUUGUUACAAACAGCCUUACUCCUCGACUGCGACCCCGACACCGGGGGCACGGAAUACUUUGAUUUGGUUGUCAUGGUUACUGACAACGGUGUCCCAUCGAAAUCAUCUGAAAAAACAAUACGUUUAUUAGUUGAUGACGUCAAUGACAAUCCGCCAGAGACAGACGUCAGAGAAGAUGUAGUUGUCGACUGUGACAAGGACGUUGGUGACAUCAUUACUUCCAUCAACGUCACUGACGCCGAUGUCUCCAAGGGAGAGUACUCUUUCGGGAUUAUAUAUUCUGAUAUCGAUAGCGUCAGCGUGAAUGAAACAUCAGGGAGUCUUAUACUUCAGUCGAAAUCAAUAAACGAUGAAAAUAGAAAUGUAAGUAUUGUUAUAAAAGUGACAGAUGGGACUUUUAGUGUGACAGUGAUAAAGGUGUUACAUUUACGAAACUGUUCCUUGGGACAUAAUGAGUCAACAGACUCAACACCACCAGCUGAAACUAUCCAACAAACUACGACUACAUCUACUACGGUAACGCCAUCAUCCCAAUCUCAGCCACGGCAGGGCGGAUCAGAUAAUGACGGCGUUGUGGAGGUGUGGUCACUGCGAGCAGCUUGUGGAGUUCUUGGGAUCACCCUGGCGGGGACGGUCACUACAAUAAUCAUCAGACAUAUGCUGAGCACAUCAACGAAAUCAAAGAACGACUUCACAGAAAACAGGGUUUCCCCUACAAGUACUUCAACCUCCUCCCAGCUUGAUGGACGGACAGAAAUUACCACCUAUACCUCUGUUGAAUCCUUGGCAAGUAACGAGUUACCUCCCUUUACAUGUCGCCCUGAAGCAGUACUUAUGUAUUCGUCACUUGUGCCGGAAUGACACGAGACGGUCACUAAUGACGUAGCAUGGCUACUUCCGCCCGUGACUUACAUUCCGCUGUCACAAUCAUGUCUUGCACCUUUCGAU